AUGAACGCAUCUUUAGUACCCCGCCCCUUCAACCCCGAGCAUUACGGCGCUGCUGCCGGGUCGCGAGAGGCGCUUGCCGUGCGUGCAUAUGAGGUUUGGAUCUCAGAGAUAAUGCUGCAGCAGACCAGGGUGGCGGUGGUCAAGGACUACUGGACCCGGUGGAUGAAUAAAUGGCCGACAAUGGCGCACUUGGCCGCGGCCCACGAGGACGAAGUGAUGGGCGCGUGGCGAGGUCUCGGGUAUUAUAGCCGUGCGAGGAGGAUCCUCGACGCGGCGAGGAUGGUGGUCCAAGAUCCGGCGCGGCGCGGACUACUGCCGCAGACGGCCAAGGAGCUCGAGGGCGAGAUUCCCGGCGUGGGCCGCUACACUGCGGGCGCAAUAUCUGCCAUUGCCUUCGGAAACGCAGACUGCAUGGUCGACGGCAAUGUCUUGCGCGUGCUGAGCCGCCAGCUGGGGGUCCUCGGGAAUGUGAAGUCAGACAAAGCAGUCGUAGAGCUGCUAUGGGCUGCUGCGCAAGCCCUCGUCGAGGCCAUCGCACCGGAGCAUUCCGACGUGGACAAGGAGACUGGCAAGGCUUUACCCAGUGAUGGGCCGGGGAGAUGGGGUCAGGCUUUGAUGGAACUGGGCAGUACCCUCUGCACCCCCCAGCCGAAUUGUGUUUCUUGCCCGAUCAGCUUCACGUGCCGGGCUUUCGAGGAGGGGAGGGCUAUAGCCGCGAUGAAAGGCCUCGUCCACGAUGAGCCCCGUGAUGCACCUGGGCUGGUGGACAUGGAGGAUAUCUGCGGCAUCUGUUCCGACUGGACCAUGGAGACCUCUGACGAUGCCACGGGGGCGGCUGAUACGAUAGAGGGCGGGGACCGACCCAGGGGCCCUUCCAGGCGUCCAGCCAAGAGGUCCGAGCCGGCUCAGGUACCGUCGUCGAUCUCAUGCCGGUCCGCAGGCCUUCCGGGGCGUACAUGUCAACACGACCACGGGCAUGCACUUUCACCCGAGGCCGCCGGGGUUGCCGUCUCUCAUGCCAGAAGGUUCCCGGUCAAGGUUUCGAAGAAGACGGUCCGCGAGGAAGAGACCGUCGUCUGUGCCGUGAGGCGUACCAGUGAUGGCUGCUAUCUGAUCCAGAAACGUCCAGACAAGGGGCUUCUCGCCGGGCUGUGGGAACUCCCAAGCCAGAUACUGCCCGAGUCUGAGGGUGGCUCCACGGCGGCGAGCCGGAGGCGGGUUGCAAGAGAGUUUGUGGCUGGGCUCCUUGGCCCCAAAGAUGGCCGUGGGAAGGCCAACAUCAAGUACCUGGGUGAUUUGGGCAGUGUCCCGUGGGUCUUCUCGCACCUGAAGCUGACGAUGCACGUGCACAGCUUUCAGGUCGAGGACGGCCCCGGCGAUGUGGUGGUGGCUGAUGACAGGACGCGAUGGGCAGACGCAACAGGCGUGGAAGAGGAGACCAUGGGGACUGGCAUGCGCCACUGCUGGAAGCGUGUUGUCGCGCCGCCGUAG